AUGGCGGACGAAGAACUACCAGCGGGUUGGGAAAAACGUUUAAGUAGAUCUACUGGGCAGCAUUAUUAUUUAAAUAUUUAUACUAAGGACAGUCAAUGGGAUAGGCCAGAUAAACCUGCAGAUCCAUCUGGAAAUAAUAAAGGGGAUGGUCCAGAAGAAGUACAGUGUUCCCAUUUGUUAGUAAAACAUUCAGGUUCUAGACGACCAUCUUCUUGGCGAGAAGAAAACAUUAUCAGAUCAAAGGAAGAAGCACUUGAUCUUAUCAAAUCUUACAGAGAGCAAAUUGUAUCAGGAAAAGCAACAUUUGCUGAACUUGCUUCAAAGUAUAGCGAUUGUAGUUCAGCUAAGCGAGGUGGAGAUUUGGGACCAUUUAGUCGAGGUGCUAUGCAAAAACCUUUCGAACAAGCAGCAUUUGCCCUCAAAGUUGGUGAAUUGUCUUCACCAGUUCACACAGAUAGUGGUAUCCAUAUCAUUCAGCGAACAGCAUAA